UUUGGUCCUCACCAUUACCCCUUCAUACCCAUCUACUACCCCUUACCUACCCCAGGGCCUAGCCCAGUCAUGGCUAGUCCUCCCCAGACUCUCCCUUCAGGUCCUCAGGACCCUACAAUGCCCACAGUCUACCCACCCCACCACUACCCUCAGCCAGUCACCUGCUCUCCCUCUGCCCAUACCAUCUGUAGCUAUGACCCAUAUCCCGUGGAUGUGCCACACUACCAGCCACACCAUCCAUAUCCUCUCUACCUGACGCCCAGCCCCUCUCUGACCACCCCGGCCCUUCCUUCCACGGGUACAGCUCUGCCUGGUGCUACUCAACCACCCCAGACCUCACCAACCACCCCCUCACCCUCCUCCAGGACCAUAUCUACCACUACUACUCUCACUCCUUGGAUGUCCAUCCUCACCCCUACUCUCCCCCCUCAGCCCUCCCUCUCUCCUGGGCUCUCCCCUCGGCCAUCCCUCCGCUGUCUAGCAGGACAGAUGAUGGUGUCGCUGCCCUCUGCUCUCCUGGACUCCAUCCAGGUCAAAGAUCAGCUGAAUGGCUGGGUGUCUAUCUCCAGUGCCCCGGCGGCUUGUAGAUACAUCCUGCAGAUGAGUAAGGGUGGUGGAGUGAUCCUCCAUUCCCCUCUCCCUGCCUGCCACAGCCAGGCUAUGGCCCUCAACCCACACCAGCUCUCCCUCCCCCUGAAGUUUUGGGACACAGUCCUGGGGCAAUACAGAACUCUGGAGCUCCAUUGCCCGUCAACUGUGACCCCAUCACCCCACACCACUACCACGACCCACACCAGGCCUCCCACUCCCCCUAAGCCACACGUCUUCUGCUCUGCUCGCCACAUGAGGGUGGAGCUUCCCCCAGGUCCCAUAUCUGGAAUCGUUGUCAAGGACAUCGAAGGGAAUGAGAUGAGCCUGAUGGAUGCCCCAAAGCAUUGUGGGUAUGUGGCAAGCAAGGGCAAGGAUGGCAUGAUCACCCUGAACCGCCCCUUCAACUCCUGUCACAUGACUGUCCAGGGUAAAGAGCACCGCAUGGAUGUGAUUUACUCCACGUUGAACGGACAAAAAGGGAAGGCCCAGUUGUCCUGUCCAGUUUCCAUACCAGUUUCUCAUCAAGAGUGUAACCUUCCCAGUGACCAGCGCCUCCCCUGCGGCCGCCGCCCUCUAUCCCAGGCAGAGUGUCUCUCUCUGGGCUGCUGCUACAGCACCAAGCCCUCUGCCUGCUACUACUCCAUGGAUGGAGGUAGGCCAAACGGUAAUCUACAUGGUGGAGAUCAUCAACACGGUCCAGUCAAUCACCCUCGACUAUGGGACCAUCACCAGAGACUCUCCUAUCAGGCUGCUGGUAGAGUGCCAGUACACUCCUGGCUCUGUGACGUGCAGUACAGUAGCUUCUACCCCCAGUACCACCGGCCCCUGCAGAUGCUCUUGGGUAAACCCUUACACCUUGAGGUGCGUCUGCUCAACCCCCCCCAGAUGACAAAGUGGUCCUGCUGGUACACUACUGCGUGGCCUACCCCAGAUCAGGACAGACUGUCUGGGUACUCCUCUAUAAUGGAUGUCCUAACCAUCUGGACCCGGCCUCUCAGAAGUCUCACCCAUCUCCUCCACCCCCACCCCUUCCACCAAGGCCAGAUAUGAAGGUUCACCAUCUCCACCUUCCAGUUCCUCACCUCUGGACAGACCCAGACAUUGGAGGACCAUGAAGAGAUCUACUUCAUGUGUUCUACUGAAGAGUGUUCGCCGCUGGACGGCAGCCUGUGUGUAGAGGGAUGCUUUGGCCAGUGACU